CAACUUCCGCGCCUCUAGGCGGGCCGGGACUGCCGCUACCUUUCUGGAAGGCGCCGGCCGGCCCCGCUGAACCCCGCCACAGGCGGCUCCCGCUGCGUCUCCGCUGCCGGGCAGGGACGGGGCGCCCCGCCCUCACCAGCGCCCGCCCCCGCCCGCCCCCCGGCCCGCCCUCCGCAUCUGGCCCCUGGGCCGCGGCCCCGGGAGGCGGCCAGCGAGCUGGGGCCGCGCGAUGUCGCACGGAGCUGGGCUCAUCCGCACCACGUGCAGCAGCGGCGGCGGCGCGCUCGGACCCGGGGCCGGUGCUGCCCAGCCCGGCGCGAGCCCCCUGGAGGGGCUGCUGGACCCCGGCUACCCCCGCACCCACGCGGCCCUGCUGAAAGUGGCGCAGAUGGUCACCCUGCUGAUUGCCUUCAUCUGCGUGCGGAGCUCCGUGUGGACCGACUACAGUGCCUACAGCUACUUUGAAGUGGUCACCAUUUGCGACUUGAUAAUGAUCCUCGCCUUUUACCUGGUCCACCUCUUCCGCUUCUACCGCGUGCUCACCUGUAUCAGCUGGCCCCUGUCGGAACUUCUGCACUAUUUAAUCGGUACCCUGCUCCUCCUCAUCGCCUCCAUCGUGGCAGCUUCCAAGAGUUACAACCAGAGCGGACUGGUAGCCGGAGCGAUCUUUGGUUUCGUGGCCACCUUCCUCUGCAUGGCAAGCAUGUGGCUGUCCUACAAGGUUUCCUGUGUAACCCAGUCCACAGGUCUACUGACUGGAAUUCCACGUUUUCUGCACUAAUCACUUUCUCAUCUAUGGACUACCACUUCCGGACUGAUGUUAUUGGAAGUGAAGUGAGAUCUUAAACACUUGAGAAUCUUUCUAGAGUCAAACUAGUUUUACCAGCCUUUUUCAGUUGCCUCGCUCUUCCUUAAUUCCAUGGCAGAUAAAUAUUUUAGUAACUUAUCUUUCAGUCUUCCCAAAGCAUUCAGUUUAGUUUUUUAAAAAAAUCCUUUUCACACUCAGUUUCAGCUUUGUAAUAUUUAACAGUUUGGCCACAAAAGUAUAAUCAGCAUAAAGCAGUAUGAGAACAACGCAACUCGACUGAUGACAGAAGCAAGAGUUCUGGAGUGCUAAUGAGAUGGCUACUGGCCAUGGCAGGCUGUGGGUGACUGGUAUGGGGUCAGGAUGCUUGGUAUGGUGAGUGGAGAAUGUUAACUCUAGUUAACUUGGCAACCAAAUAUACGCAAGUGGUUUUUAACUACUUCCAACCGCUGUAUAUGUGAUACUAACAAUACUGGUCCUCACCGAAGAAAGAGUCAGGAUUUUUUAAAAGGCAAAGGUGGUGGGGAAAAGAAUAAAUUCGUUUUAAAUGUGCUGUGAUUGAGGGGUCUGUGGAAGAGUUAGGUGGAGAUGUAGUUGGAAAGCAAAUGAACAUAUGAGUCUGCAGUUGAAAGGUCUGAGAUGCAGAUGAAGAUGUGGGAGGCAGCAUAGUGGGAGAGUGAGAUGACCCAAAUGAGGAAAGACAGCCUUAUGUGGAAAUCCGAGGAACUGAAGAUUUACGGGAUAUGCAGAGGGGAAGAAACCAGCAAAGGACAACUAAGAGCAGCAAUCAAAAGGGUAGUAAACAAGAAAAAAGUAUUUACACACUUACACACGUAAUCAAGAAUGCUCAAUGCUACUUAGAGGUCAAGUAAGAACAACACUGAAACACCUACCUUAGACUGAGCUAUCAGAAGGCUGCUAGUGACACCAGCAAGACAAGUUCCGGGGUAGUCAGGUAGAGAAGCUGGAUUACAAUACUGUAUAUUGGGAAGUGAGGGGAGGGUAAGGCAGAGAAAUAAGAGAUAGCAGAGUCAACAAGUGUGGCUGGGAAAGAAUGGCCAGAUAGGGCAGUAGUGGAUGAGGUCAAAGAGAAGGGAAUUUCAACAUGGGAGAGAACUGAGCAUGUUUAAAUGCUUAGGCAGAAACCAGCAAGAUGGGUGGGUCUAAAGACAGAGGUAGAAAAAUGGCUCUCUAAAGAUAGGAUUCAGGGCUCAGGUUUGGGGCUAACUCUUCUCUAGAAACAGAAGGAAAGACAGAGAAGAGUGCUCUGCUGGGGCAGUUUGUGUGGGUUUUGAGGAAGCUGAGGGAGUUUCCUUCUGACUGCCGAAACCAUCAAAAUGACUGAUGCCCCAAGUCAGAGGCAUUAAUUUCCCUUUAGGGAAUUAAUUACCUUCUCACCCCGUCAGGCCAGUAGAAGCAACCAGACGGGUUAAUGGCAACAGGAUUGCUACCAAAAUCAACAAAUACUUUUCAUAGCAACAGUAAACAUCUUAUCCCACAAAACAUUUUCAUUCAAAAGAGUCAAUGGGGCCGGGCGUGGUGGCUCAAGCCUGUCAUCCCAGCACUUUGGGAGGCUGAGGUGUGCGGAUCACAAGGUCAACAGAUCGAGACCAUCCUGGUCAACAUGGUGAAACCCCGUCUCUACUAAAAAAUAUACAAAAAAUUAGCUGGGCAUGGUGGCGCGUGCCUGUAAUCCCAGCUACUCAGGAGGCUGAGGCAGGAGAAUUGCCUGAACCCAGGAGGCGGAGGUUGCGGUGAGCCGAGAUCGCGCCAUUGCACUCCAGCCUGGGUAACAAGCGCGAACUCCGUCUCAAAAAAAAAAGAGUCAAUGGUACAGCCAUCCUGAAAAACAGUUCAGCAGUUUCUUUCAAAACUAAGCAUGUGUCUACCAUACGACCCAGUAAGAGAACUUUUGGGCAUCUAUCUCAAGGAAAUGAAAACUUUAUGUUUGUACAAAAACUGGUACAUGUUUAUUACAAUUUUAUUCAUAAUAGCCCCAAACUAGAAACAUUCCAGAUGCAAUAGUUAAAACAAACUGUGGUAUAUCCAUACUACGGAAUAUUAGCAAUAAGAAGGAGCAAACUUGAUAUAUGUAAUGUCCUAGAUGAAUCUCCAGAGAAUUAUUCAAAGAAAAAAAAAUCCAAUCUCAAAAGGUUACAUAUUGUAUGAUUCCAUUCAUAGCCCAUUCUUAGAAUAGGCUGAGGCAGGAGAAUUGCUUGAACCCAGAAGGCAGAGGUUGCAGAGAGCCGAGACCGUGCCAGUGCACUCCAGUCUGGGUAACAACAGCGAAAUUCCGUCUCAAAAAAAAAAAUAAUAAUCAUAAUCAUAGUAAUAAUAAUGAUGGCUAACAAAUUAGUCGCAGCCAAGAGAAAGGGGAAGGGUGUGGCUACAAAGGGGUAGCACAGGGAAGCUCUAUGCUGAUGGCACAGUUCAGUACCUUGAUUGUGGUAGCUGAUUACAGAAAGCAAUAUAUGUGGUAAAAUUACACAGAAUUACACACACAUGCACACACAAAUAAGUGCAUGGGACCUCCCUGUACACUUUUUUUUUGUUUGUUUCCUGUGAAUCUAUAAUUAUUUCAAAAUAAAAAGUUAAAAAAAUAGUUCAAACCUACACUGGUAUCCAAACCUUUAAGGGAUUUCCUCUCCCUCCUACUGGCUACACAAAAAUGUAUAUAUCCCCACAGCUGAAAAUACUUUAUAUAAAAGAAAAAACAUAGGUACUAUCCCUCUGAUUUUCUGUAAGCUAGUGAAGCAUGAAAUAGCCCAGCAUGUCCCAAACAACCUCCUUCAGACAGAUGUUAGGUAAGGCACUCCCAAUCACUCCACCACAGAAUAUAAGGUGACAACACAAAGACAAAUCUGCGAAGGCUACUCUGUAAAGACACUUCCUUGGUCUCCUGCAGUCAUAGUUACAGGAUGAGUUUUUACAUGACUAUAGUCUAAUAAAAUACAAAAUAUCUAACAUUUCACUUGCCCUUUUCUUGCCUCUAUGUUAUAUCUUGUCCAAGUUUUAAAAGUUUCUCUAUGAGAAAUUUGCAAAAUAUGCCUCAGGUGUAUAAAAGUUAAUUAACUGAGAGAAGAUAUCAGCCUAAAAUCCUAGGGUUUGGGAAUAAACCAUUCAUGUUACAAUUAGACCAUGAGGCACACUCAUGUGUGAAGGUUAUAUUGCAAUAAAAUAUUAUCUGUAGGAUAGACACAGGCUGCUUGUCUAAUCUCAGUUAAAAAAGGACAGGAUCCAGCUUGUACAGAAGCAGUCAGUCUCAAGUCCUUACAAGUCCUAUUCCAAAUGUAUUAACAGGGGUCAUUCUUAUUGACCUUAAGCCUCAGAGCAAUAGUAAGAGGCAGGUUCUGCCUGGAUAUCUUGAGAAUGAAGGAGUAAGUUUGGACAUCUGGCAGGGCACAGUGGCUCACACCUGUACUCCCAGCGCUUUGGGAGGCCAAGGCGGGCAGACCACUUGAGGCCAGAAGUUCAAGACCAGCCUAGCCAAUAUGGGAAAACCCCGUCUCUAAUAAAAAUAUAUAAAUUUGCUCAGCAUGGCAGCGCAUGCCUGUAAUCCCAGCUACCUGGUCAGCUGAAGCAUGAGGAUUGCUUGAACCCAGGAGGUGGAGGUUACAGUGAGCCAAGAUUUCACUACUGUACUCCAGUGUGGGUGAGAGCAAGACUCUAUCUCAAAAAAAAAAAAAAAGUUUGGACAUUUGCUAGUUCCCAUCUCAAGUUAAAAGCCAAGAAAUUGGCACCACAAGCUGUAGUCAAUAUGCAAUUCUGUUGGCCAGGUGCAAUGACUCACACUUGUAAUCCCAGCACGUUGGGAGGCUGAGGCGGGAGGAUUGCUUGGGCUCAGGAGUUUGAGACCAGCCUAGACAACAUCAUGGUGAAACCCCAUCUCUCCCAAAAAAAGAAAAAAAAAUUAUUUGCCUACCCAUCUAUGAGGCUACUAACCUUCCUUUGUAAGUUCCCACAGCAUGACACAAUCGCUAGUUCAAAGUGUACUUGAGUAUACUCUUCUAUGUACAGGAAGAUGUAAUGAUGGAGUAACAAGCUCAAUGCGCAAGAAACAAUAAUAAUAAAAUAUAUUUUAUACCACAUUAACUGCAUUCAUUAUAUGUAGGUUAGAAAACCUCAAGAAAAUGUUCUGAGGAGCUAGAAAAGGAUGAGUGGAAAAGCAGGACUCAAACCAGGCAGAGACUCACACAGAACCCGGAUAGACAGAUGACAUUCUAUGUGGAGGAUGAAAAAGAACACAUUCGUAAUGGCAAGAAUUUGCAUAGUAAAUCCAAAAAUGAUAAUAAGGCAACCGACCUAACUGGAUUGGGAUGAUGAAAAACACGGUUUAGGAGUUGGGUGAGGUGAUGUCUAGAUGAAGGCUGCAGGGAACGCCUGCCCGGUUAGAAAACAGGAGGACAGAGGAUUGGGUGGAGCCUGAAGGAAUUCUACAGUUAAAGAGGAGGAGGGAAAAGAGCAAGUAGCAGAGGACAAGCAAGCCAAAGGAAGUGUUUUUUAAAAAAACAAAACUUAAAAAGCAGCAAGUAAACACACUCCAAACUGUUAAACAGUGACACCUGGCAGUGUGAGGCGUGGGAAAGUGGUUUUAUUUUAGUAUUUUCAGUUGAUUUUUUUUUUUUUAGCAAGCAGACACUUUUUUGUAAUAAAAGAAAAAAUGUGUAAAAGUUGAAGGAAGAAUUUCGAGAAAUGAGCAGUCACCAGCAUUAAAUGCCAAAGUGGUCAAGAAUAGGAAGAGAGAAAAAUGUCACUGAAUUAGGUAAGAAGUUAAUGGUAAA